CUAGAUGCGGAAGCAAAUCCCGAUGCUAAGCGCCUCUAUGAUGAUCUUAUAUCCCCCUAUAACAAGCUAGUCAGGCCUGUGCUGAACGUUAGUGAAGCUCUCACUGUAAGGAUAAAGCUGAAACUGUCUCAAUUAAUUGAAGUGAACCUGAAGGAACAAAUUAUGACAACAAAUGUUUGGGUUGAGCAGUACUGGGAAGACUACAAGCUUAGAUGGGAUCCAAGAGAAUACGGAGGAGUAGACAUGCUGCACGUGCCUUCUGACCACAUUUGGAGACCUGACAUUGUUUUGUAUAAUAAUGCUGAUGGAAACUUUGAAGUGACUUUAACCACGAAGGCCCAGGUAAACUACAGAGGGCUCAUAGAAUGGAAACCCCCGGCCAUCUACAAAAGCUCGUGUAUCAUAGACGUGGAGUACUUUCCAUUCGACAAACAAACCUGCGUGAUGAAAUUCGGAUCCUGGACGUAUGAUGGGUUUAAAGUGGAUCUUCGCCAUAAAGGAGAAAUCAAAGGGACUAACCGGGUAGAAAUUGGCAUUGAUUUGAGUGAAUUCUAUCUGAGCGUGGAGUGGGACGUUCUAGAAGUGCCAGCUGUUCGGCACGAGAAGUACUACACGUGCUGCGAGGAACCCUACAUCGACAUCACUUUCAACAUCAGCAUGCGAAGGAAGACUCUUUUUUACACCGUCAACUUGAUCAUACCUUGCAUGGGGAUCUCAUUCUUAACUGUCUUGGUGUUUUACCUGCCAUCUGACAGCGGAGAGAAAGUGACGCUUAGCAUCUCUAUACUCCUGGCGUUGACCGUAUUCUUUCUUCUCCUCGCGGAGAUCAUCCCGCCCACAUCGUUGACCGUGCCUUUGUUGGGCAAGUAUCUGCUUUUCACCAUGAUCCUUGUUACCCUUUCCAUCUGCGUCACAGUGGUGGUGCUGAACGUGCAUUUUCGUACGCGAUCUACCCACCGCAUGAAGCCCUGGGUGAAGCGGGUUUUCAUGCAGAUGUUGCCUCGCCUCCUCCUCAUGAGGAGACCCUCGGACAAUUCCUCCGAAUCUCGAAAAGUCAUGAUUCGGACUUGCAACGGAACGGAACUGCGUGACUAUAAUUCUCACGGAGAUCCCUUUCCAUCCAGAAAUAGCUACGAUGGGGACUGUGGAUCCGAACUAAAUUUUACUGGUUGUAGAAUACACGGACCUACUGCUCGCACCCUUGCGCCACUAGCAAGCCCCAUGACGUCAGAGCAGGCCAUGAAUCAGGAACAGGAGAGGUCUCCGCCAGUAGUACGAAGAUUACAUUUUUGUCCCGAAUUUGAAAGAGCAAUGGAAUCUGUCCAUUUUAUAGCAGAUCACACAAGAAGAUACGAAGAACAUAUAUCAAUGAAAGAAGAUUGGAAGUACGUUGCUAUGGUAUUGGAUCGACUGUUUCUCUGGAUCUUUACAGUAGCUGUUCUAGUGGGCACGUGUGGCAUCAUACUCCAUGCACCAACGCUCUAUGACAACCAGGAGCCCAUUGAUAUAAAACUAUCGGAGGUUGCUAUGGCAACUAAACAUCAUAAAUUAUUGUAUUCUUGAACUAGGUUAUUUGAAGCUAUAUAUUGAAUGACAUAUAACAAGUUUGCCUCUGAACACGAUUCAGUAUAACCGAAUUGUUUGUAAGUUGUCUUCAGCUAUCAGUUGUUUAGUAAGAAAACCUUUAUGUCACUCUUCUGAGGAUCUGUUACAUAAAACAAUAUUAUUCCGCAUUUCUGAAGUGUUCUACACUGUGCUUCCAACGUCAUUGGAAAGAAACAAAAAACUUUCAGACGUCCGGACCAUUGUGACUGU